AUGAGCGCCGCCGGCAGAAGAAGACUGCAGGCUCUCAGCCAACAGCUCGUCGAGGGCAUUCCGGAUGCCGGCACUUUUGAGAACAUUCCCCGCAUCAGGGAGGUUGCGCCCGACUCUGUAGGACCCCGAUGCAAGGACAAAGUCGUCAUCAUCACCGGGGCCAACUCACCCAUCGGCAUUGGGCGCGCCUCCGCUCACCAGUUUGCCCGCAAUGGCGCCAAAGCAGUCUUCAUCUGCGACUUCUCUGCAACCUACCUCGACGUGCACAAGCGCGAGCUCGAAUCGCUCUAUCCCAGCGUCGACAUCCACGUCCGGCAAUUCGAUGCCGGCAACGAGGAGCAGGUCAAGGCCGUAGUGGACGAGGCGAUGCAGAAAUACGGUCGGCUGGACGUCAUGUUCGCCAAUGCGGGAAUCGUCGGGCAACCAAGACUCUUCACUGAAGUCACCGGCGACGAAUUUAUGAAAACAAUGGACACUAAUGCCAAAGGUCCCUUCCUGGCGGCCAAAUAUGCCGCCAUUGCCAUGAAGACUCCCUCCCCUUCCAAACCAUACCCCUCCGGCAGCAUCAUCCUCACCGCCUCCGUUGCCGGCCUCCGCUCCAACGCAGGCUCAACCGACUACUCCGCCUCCAAGGCCGCCGUAGUCUCCCUCGCCCAGACCUGCUCCUACCAGCUCUCCGGCACGGCCAUCCGCGUCAACGCCAUCUGCCCCGGCGUGAUUGAAACCGGCAUGACCAAAGUCAUGUACGAUAUGGCCCGCUCACGAGGCACGGAGAAGAAGAUCGGGCAGUUGAACCCCUUGCAGAGAGGUGCAGUGGCAGAUGAGGUUGCCAGGGUGGCGUUGUUCCUAGGAAGUGACGAGAGCAGCUAUGUGAACGGCCAGGCGUGGGCGGUUUGUGGUGGGCUGAGUGCAGGCCAUCCGUUUGUUCCAGGGAAAUUGGCAUAG